CACUGGUCAGACGUCGUACCGUAGUGGUGGAACUCCCUCUUCGCGAAAGGUCGCCGGCUAACGUUAGUUUUUUUUUUUCGUUUUACUCAACCACAACUGACAGUAACACAAUAAAACGCAAUCAAUCAGUAGUUCGUCGUGGUUCAUACUCUUCGCCGGUCGUCGUCGUGCGCGUGUGUGUGUAUGUGCAAUCAUGUUUUGAUCGAGUGUUUCGGCUUCUUGCCUUCCGUUUGCAACCACCUCGCAGCUCAGCUCUGCUGCGGUUGGUUGGCCUUCUCAAUUGACUUGUUUUUCUGGUUGUUGUUUAUCAUGCGUGACGUCCACCAGCGCUGCUGUUUGUCGUCCCAUCAUACCAGCAGAGCAGAGAGGCCGUAGAAAUUUACGGCAAAUAGCAAUAAACAAGAGUGAUUUUUCGUACAUCACUUUCUUCACCGUCGUCGUCGCCGCCGUCUUGGAUCCGAGAUUACUAUGAUUUGGUUUGAUUAUGAUCCUCACUGUUUUUCAGUGCCACGUAGACUUGGACAAUGAUGAUGGUAAGGUUGACCUGUGUCCCCCCGGAAGUGGACACGUAAUUUUAAUCAACGAGAAGUGUUAUUUGGCUAAGAUGAUGUACCUCUAAAUCUAUACAGGACGUGUACAACGUGUGUGUGUUCGUUGCUUCCUACCUCCGGGAAGCUCUACUCCUGUCUGACAAUCCCGUUGAUCGUCGACCACUUAGGAGAGAGCGAAAAACGUGCGCGUUCGAGCGCGAGAGCGAGAUAAAGUGAGUAAGAGAGACCAAACAGAAUAGUGCGACUCAAUCGUACAAUGAGACCUAGCAUAUCGCUAAUCAUAAGAAGAUUCAAGCGCAAUCGUAUCAGAACCAUUCAGUGCCAAACAGUCGCAACCGCGAACAGCAGAUAUCUGCCGAUGAAAGUGCCAUAAGUUUAAGCAAAAGAAGCAAAAUAAUCUGAGAUUUAGUGAAGUAGUAGAUUAACAUUGUGUAAAUAUUAUAGUUUAGCAGAGCAAUGAGAUACAUAAGUGAUCGGAAGCAGCACUCAAGUGCCGAAGAAGGAAGUGACGGUGAACGGGCACAUUCGCCCGGUCGACAGCAUCCGCCACCGUACGUCGGGAAGAAUCGGUUGCUGCAAAGUUCCCAGUGGAGUAAGAGUUACGACUCGGUGAUAAAUUAUUGGAAUACCAGUGACCUUGGAGGACGCUGCCGGCCCGGGCCCGGAGGUGGUUCGCAGCAUCAGCAACAACAGCAGUGUAGCUCGGGGCAGACGACCAGGGGAUACGGAAAGCCAACAGGAUAUAACGCACCGGUAAAACUCAACAUCAGUCCUAGUGCGACCCUUGCCUCAAAACUCCACAGAAAAGUAUUACGGGUGCCCUCGAAACGCAUUCCCGGCAAAGUGCACCCCGGCAAGCUUGCCUCAGUAGCUAGCAAACUGACAGCCGCUAAGCAGCGACUACACCAGCAGCAGCAACAACAACAGAACCAGCUGCAACAGCAUCAGUUCAAUCUUCAGCAGCUUCCGCUGCAGCGUCCUCCGGCAGCUCCCAGCGUCAACAACUGUGAUAACUCCAACGACUCCGGUCUUGGAUUCGACCGUAGUCUCGAUAGUGCCCUCGGUGCUCAAUUCCAAAGUCAUCCGAAUCAUACCAGCUCCGCGUCGACGGCGACGGUUGGCGGUAGCGGUACCAUCGGUCGGUCGAUUCAUCACAGCAGUACAACACCGGCGGAAGAUGAGGGCGUUGAAAGUGAAUCCGGACUCAGAAACCGAUCGGCGACGAUCAGCGUCGGUAGAGGAGCACGGGGUGGAAAGCCGGCUACUACACUGUACAGCAACCGUCGCACCGUAACCCGAUCGGUUGGUAGUAGCCGCAGUAGCAGUACUGCCAGUACUAAAUCGCUAAAGCGAAGUCACCUGGAGCUGGAUGAUGCGACUGCCUGUUCCGGGGAUCUGUUCGUACUAACAACCACCAGUGGUGGCAGCAUCGGAGCCAGCAACAGUACCAUCGUCAAACUAUCUAAUCCACCAGCCAAAAUGAGUGUGGGCAAGGUUAAACCGGCGGUACUUCGAACAGUGGCGGCAACGAAGAAAAUCAUCUUUCCCGUGACGGGAAAAUCGCCCAGUGUUGGUGGUGGAAAACGUACGGUUACCAUUGCGCCAUUAUCAUCUAACAAAACAUCGCUAUCAUCAUUGUCAUCAUCAUCAUCUGGCUCACCGUCAUCAUUAUCCAUCACGGCGGCUGAUUCGACGACGUCAAUGGCGCCGGCGGUGACGGCGGCGGCGGCGUCGGCAACACCGGUGGUGGCGAAAGUGAUGACCUCAUCGUUAGCCCGCCCGAUCAACCGAUUACCGGGCAAACGGCCACCCCUGCUGUCAUCAUCGUCUUCAUCCCUCGGAGGCGGAGGCACUGCCAGCGGCGCAGCAUUCGGCGUAGUCACCCUACAGACCCCGCUCGUGUCUUCCUCCCAGGAUGGUAAUAUUCACCUACAGAUUCUAACCCAACCGGAGCAGCAGCACCGGGCACGCUACCAGACCGAGGGUUCCCGAGGUGCGGUGAAGGAUCGCAGUGGCAACGGGUUCCCGGUGGUGCGGUUGGUAGGCCACACCAAACCCACCGUACUGCAGGUAUUCAUCGGGACCGAUGUGGGUCGGGUAGCGCCGCACAUGUUCUACCAGGCAUGUAAGGUUUCCGGGAAGAAUUCCACCCCCUGCAUGGAACGGAAGCUCGAGGGUACCAUGGUGAUUGAGGUUGAUGUGAAGCCGGAAAACGAAAUGACCGUAACGUGCGAUUGUGUGGGAAUUCUGAAGGAACGCAACGUGGACGUGGAACACCGAUUUCCAGACCAGAGUGGUCCUCGGGCAAAGAAGAAAUCCACACGCUGCCGAAUGGUGUUCCGAACGACGAUCAAGCAUGACGACGGGAGUGUGGAGACGUUGCAAGUUUGCUCCCAGCCGAUUGUUUGCACACAACCACCGGGCGUGCCGGAAAUCUGCAAGAAAUCUCUAGUCUCCUGUCCUGCCGAGGGAGGUCUCGAAAUGUUCAUUAUCGGCAAAAACUUUCUGAAAGACACCAAAGUGGUGUUCCAACGACGCAAAGCCCCCCUGGGGGCCAACUCAGCCUCGAUCAGUGUUAUCCCGUGGGAGCAAACGGUCAUCCCGGAUAAGGAGUAUCUGCAGCAGACUCAUCUCAUCUGUACCGUCCCACCGUACGUCCGGCAGGACAUACUGGAACCUGUGGUAGUACAAAUCUACAUCGUUUCCGCCGGCAAGAAGAGCGAGACGCACAACUUUACCUUCACCCCGAAGAAUGCUCACACGGCCCUUACGGCGGCCACGACGACUGCCGUACCCGCCGGGGGUACCUUCUUUGGAACGCUUGGCAGCGGUGAGACGAUUGGUGGUGGUGGUGGUGGUGGCGUAAGCGGAGGCAGCGGCGUCGGCGGUGGCGAUUCCAAUGGUCGAACGAAUGGUAGUCCCGCUGGAGGUGGUAAUACUACCGGAGCCACCGGUUUCGCUUCUCUAAACUCUAGCUUUGGUAGCAACCCAAGCGAAGAUACCUUGACGCAGAACGAUGGCGGUGCCGGUGGCCAGAAGCAGCAGCCCUCGCUGUUCCAGUGGGGAUCCCAGCUAAGUGCGGCGCAGGAUGAAUUGGACACAGGAAUGAUGCCUCCGCCGGUGAAUGUGUUGCUCAUGGGAGGUAACGGUCGAAGGCCAUCGCUGCUGGGUGAUCAGUUGAGCAUGUCGUCGCCACCGAAUUUCAAGGCGGAACUGAUUGAUGAAAAUAGUCGUAGUCCGCAUAAUGAGGAUUCACUUGAACGUUUCCCGGAUUCAACCGAUAAUUCCAUCGAUAAUAGUCAUAUUCUGUACCGAAGGAGAAGCGUUCGGCAGCCCAGUAUGGAUCUGAUGGAGGAUAGCUCUAGUAUGUCGAUGUUGAUCAAUGAGAACAGUGCAAUGGAUGUAGGGGCGAUGUCAGGAUCGAUGGUUGGUUUCCGGACGGGACUGUCUACGCUGAUGGAAACGAAUGAGAUCAGUAAUUCGGCUACAUCGCCGUUGGCUUCCGAGCUGAAGGUGAUGGAUUUGUGCAUAAAGCAAGAACAGCAGCAACUGUCUGCGACGGCUAGAAAUCAGAUCGAACACAUGAUCGCCACCAGUAGUGGUUUGGGUGGUUUAAACGAGGUAAAUCAGAUUAAGGCCCAACUCAAUGUGGAAGGCAUGUUGAAUGCUGCCGUGCAGCAAGGUUCCCUGGAGAAGCAAGCUCUCGAAUCCACGAUUGCGUCUAUGGUUGGCGGGCAACAGCAGUCCGGUAUGUUGGAAAUGAAUUCUUUGACUGGAAACGGUGGUAGCGCCCUCUCACCAGCAAUGCUUCAUGGCGAUAUUUCAAAUGCAACCAGUGGCCAUUCACCCCUAUCCCAGGACGUUAUGCUGAACUCGCAGAGUACGUUAACCGUUCCUUCGCCGGGAAAUAUGGUACUGUCGCCAGCAUCUACGACCUCAAGUGAUGUGAGUUCUCAUCCGCAUUCUUCUAUCUCCCCGGAAAUAAUCUUGAAUCCAACGGUGUCACCCUCGUCGAUGAUAUGUUCACCUUCGAACGCAACGGUUGCCGCUACGGCAGCAGCAGCCGUCGCUGCGGCGGCUGCCGUUUCCGAAGGAGCCGGUCUACUAACGAAUCAAGUGUUUAACAAUAUGGCAGCCGUAGCCGCUAAUAUGAUCGAACAGCAGCCGAAAGAAACCACUCAAGCAGUGCAGGAAAUCAUUCUGAACGCUGCCGCCGAAAUUCUCACAUCCCAGGAACCCUCCGUCACAACCCAAUCCACGAUCAACGCUCUGAUCUCGAUGAACGCCCAGGAAAUGAUGACUACCUCAUGCCAGCCACAGUCCCAAGCCAUUAUGUCCCAACAAAACCUUCUACCUCAGUGCCAACCCUCCACGAUGGCUUCGAACGUUCUGACGAGUGCGUUACAACAGCAGCAACAAAUGGUUCAAACUUUGAUCAACGAAAGCAUCCAGCAUCAGCAUCACCAGCAACAACAGCAGCAGGCAGCCGAAUCUCUCAUGCUAAACCUAGCAGCAGCGUCCCAUCAGCAGAAUCUACAUACAUCACCCGUGCCGGAGCAGAUGGAGAUUGGAAACCCGAUCAUGCAAUCGUCCGGUUCCUCCAGUCAACCACCACAGCAACCGAUGGACACGACGGCACCACUGUCCACUGUCUCGACGACAACAUUGUCCCAACAACAACAGCAGCAGCAGCUUCAGCAGCACCAACAGCAAACCUCGCCCCAGCAGCAGCAGCACCUCUCAGCACCAGUUUCGACUGAUCCAGUCCAGAUGACGGUCGGUGAACAGCAUCAUCGACAGCAGCAGCAGCAAGCGCAACAACAGCAACAACAACAGCAGCAACAUGCCGCAGCAGUAGCAGCAGCCAAUAUACCUCAGGAGUUGACCAUCAUGUCGGACAACGAUCUCAUCAGCUAUAUCAACCCGAGUGCAUUUGAUGCAGGUAUGUAUAGCUUUUACUCUUCCAGUUGACCCGAAGAGGGAGGAUAGUUUUUCACGCUCUUCCUGAGGGGAAGCUACUAUAGCGUCAAAAUUGUGGGUGGGUCACAAGCGCACUUUGGGUUUAGUCUAGUCACACGUUCCGAUUUAGCGUUGUUCGAUUUUCACGGCAUGAUUUUAGGAUAUGUUUAGGAGCUUCGUUUUUGUUUUUGACGUUUCUUCCAUUCCAAUCAAAGCAGUCUCUGGAUGGUUCUGCAGAUCUGAAAAAAGAUUUAAAAAUUUUAUUUUUUCAUAAAUAAGUUUAGAAAGUUCUAGUAGUGCGUCGAAUUAUUUGUGAUUUGUGUUGAAUUAUUUUAUUGCGUGACUGACCAGACGACACACUGACAGACGUAGGGGCAGUGUUGCCACAUUUACACGUGUAAUUUUUUCGUCUAUACUUUUCCCAGCUGAAAAUGUACAUGUGGCAACACUGCACAGAAGGGAGACUGACUUCUACAGACUCGCGUUAACCGUUUAGCUAGGAAUCAUGCAAGCGGAAAUCAAACCUAUCUCUAACUUAUGCUGUAACUUCUUUGUUAUUCUCUUUCCACCCCUUUUUUCACAACAGUUUAAUACGCGGUAAUUUUAGACGUAAUACAGUUCAGCCCCCGCCUUCUAGACAAACAAAAGUAUGCAAAACCGUGCGGCCCUUAAUCCGAAACAAAGCCAGUUGGACAACGCCCGCCUAGUUGUUACAAUCGCUCCUCGUGUGCGCCUUUCCGCCUUUUUUCGACGAAACUAUAAAGCAUGGAGUGAUCUCGAAAGAUAUAAAACACUAUCCAAUUUCCAAAAUUUACCGGAAAAACCAAACGCACGCACGCACACAAAGACAAAUGCACGGAAAAAAAUCAUUUUAAGCUAAUGUUUCGUUAUUGUACGAUUGUACUGUACUGUUAUUGUAGUAUCGUUUAGGAUUUUUUUUACAUUCAAAGAAUGUGAGCAGUUUCGCUCGUGUGUAUCUAUUUAUCGAAUCGAGAGAUUGUCAGUGCUUUGUCCUUCUCCCUUCAACGCAGAAUGCCAGUUGUGUCCCGCUCUAAACUAAGCAUAAAUAUUCAUUCGAAGAUCAUUUUUUAGCUUACUCUCAGUGUGUCUUUUCGCAUUUCGCAUUCAUACUACAAACAAUCGAAAAAUCAAAAAUAAAAUCGCACUACUCUCAAGGGGAGCGUGUGCAGCAAAGAAUUCAGGCUAACAGCCAGUCGCAUAACCUAAGCCUGUUGCGCGGCGCGGAGUUCCGGUGUCCGUUCAGGGCACAGUAGCAAAGUGCUGGAUUUAUACAGUUUAUACGAAGUCGAUUCAAAGUUACAAAAUUUUAGCCUUAUGACAGUGUCUAAACGAAAGAAAAAAAAAAACCAGAAGAAAUUUUAAACUUAUGAAUGUUUACAAAAGAAAAAUUUUACUAGGUGAUUUUUCCCUUUAUUAUAUCAGACAAGACGAGUCACACACACAGCAGAGCGUUCGAUGCUGAGCCGAACAAAAAGAAGGGACAAACAAUUAUUAGUACACUAUUAAUAACCCACACCACAGACUGCCAUACAGAGUUUUAGGGAAAAUAAAAACAUAUACAAAUAAGCAACGAAUAUGAAUGUUCUUAAAGCUACAAUUACAACGUAAAUACAGCAAGGUUAAAGUUCAGAUCAACUCGCGUGUCUGCAUGUUUUGCUAGCUGGGUUGGCUUCCGAGCCAACAUCGAAACGGAUCUUUUCUUUUUACGUGCAAAUUAAUAAGAAUGAUAUUACAGAACAAUAUUUUUUUUAAAGAUUUCCUUUUUUCAUUGAUAAAUUUGAUUUAGUGAAAAGAAAAACAUAAAUAUGCACACCCAGUUCACGUUUAAGUUUAGUGACGAACCGAUUGCGAACAAGGAGUUAAGGCACAGGAAAAGCAGAAGCUAGGGACGAGUUAGAGGAAAUUAAUGGACGAUGGUGGCUCCUAUCUUUUCAACUGUUUUCAACACGUUAAAGAAGCCACAGUUCAAUGAAACACACACCGAUUGGGAAAUUUAAAUCUUUAUAGUAAUCGUUUUUUGCUAUUGGAAUAUUUCUAUAUUGAUGUACCUCAAGAGAUUGGAGAACUAAUAAAUUCUAUCUGUUUUGUGUUAAUA